GCGUGUGCCAGUCGCGGGACACUGACUGCCGAGUGAGAGAGGGGAGGAGAGAAGCUGGGGAGAGCCACAGAGAGAGAGAGAGAGAGCGAGCAAGCGAUAGACAGAGCUAGCGAGAGACAGAGCAAGCCAGAGAGACGCUCCACAACACAGAAUCAUUUAGAGAGGCGGCCAGCUUCAAUAAUCGCGUCUCUCCGAAGACAUGGAGCGUUGACGGGAAGAGAGCGCGAAAGACGCCGAGAGCCGAGACGAGAGAGCGAGCGAGCGAACAUCUUCCUCGCUUCGGGGUCCUAUUCAAGGGAAGCUCGUCUAGAGACUUCAGCCGGCCCACGUCAGCCGUACGCCGCGCGCGUGCUCGUUACACGGCGCGCGUGCGCGUGAACUCACCACGUGAACUCACCGCGUGAACUUACCGCGUGUACACACGGGCAACGCGCGUGGUUCGUCGCGUACGUGGCCUUGAAUCCGUCUUGCCGCUUCUGUGCCAUCUCGCUCGCUCUCGCUCUAUCUCGUGCCACAAUCUCUCUGUCGGGAGGAACUCGAGCGAGAGGAGGAGAAGGAGGAGCGAUGUUGCCACGUUCCAUCGCCCCCACCAUCACCACCACCAUCACCACCACCACCAUCGCACCGAACCGCGCCACGCUGCCGCUUAGCUAAAACUCAAAGCGCGAAGAGAGAAGAGGAGAGAGGUGGGGGGGGCGAGCCAGUUUGUUGGGAGAAGCGACUUUGACAAGCGCUAGAAGAGAGUGGUCGAUCCGAGCGAGAGAGACGACGACACCGACAUCGUCAAGAGAUCUACUCCCAAGACGCUCCGUUGCUCGCCGUACUCCCGGCCCCAGACAUCUCAUUGAAGUUGUCGCGUCCGUGUCGACUGCUGCUGCUCACUGCUGCUGCUGCUGCUACUGCUGCUGCUGGCGGGGCCGAGCCGGGCUACGCGGCCCCGCUGUACGGACAGAAUGGUGCACUGCGCUGGCUGUGAGAGACCCAUACUCGACCGCUUUCUGCUCAACGUCCUCGACCGGCCGUGGCACGUGAAGUGUGUGCAGUGCUGCGACUGCAAGUGCCACCUGAGCGAGAAGUGCUUCUCCCGCGACGGGAAACUCUACUGCAAGAGCGACUUUUUCAGGAGGUUCGGAACGAAAUGCGCCGGCUGUCUGCAGGGCAUCUCGCCGAGCGACCUGGUGCGGCGAGCCCGCGGCUCCGUCUUCCACCUCAACUGCUUCACGUGCCUAGUAUGUCGCAAGCAGCUGUCCACGGGCGAGGAGCUGUACGUGCUCGACGAGAGCAAGUUCGUGUGCAAGGAGGACUACCUGAGCAGUAGCGGACUCAAGGACACGGGCGCCAACUCGGUGACCACGUGCAGCGACCGUAGCAUGUCGCCGGACCUGCAGGAGCAGGGCGCCGACGAGGCGAAGGAGGGCGACCAGUCGGCGUCGUCCGACAAGGAGGCGGGAGCGGGCGAGGCGGAGGAGCAGAGCCUGGGAGCCAAGCGGCGGGGGCCCCGCACCACCAUCAAGGCCAAGCAGCUGGAGACCCUCAAGGCGGCGUUCGCGGCCACCCCGAAACCCACGCGGCACAUCCGCGAGCAGCUGGCGCAGGAAACCGGCCUCAACAUGCGCGUCAUUCAGGUUUGGUUCCAGAACCGGCGCUCCAAGGAGCGGCGGAUGAAGCAGCUGAGCGCCCUCGGGGCUCGCCGCCACGCGUUCUUCAGGAACCCGAGGCGCAUGCGUACCCUGGGCGGUCGCCUCGACGAGGCGGAGAUGAUGGCGAGCGGACCCUUUAACUACUACGGCGACUACCAGGGUGACUACUACGUCCCGGGCAGCAGCUACGACUUCUUCCCGCAAGGGGGUCCCCCGGGGCAGCCGCAGAGCGCGGCCGAGCUCGCCUUCCUCCCCACGGUGGGGGGGCUCGCGGGUCCCGGCGAGCACCCCCACCACGCUCACCCGCACACCCACCACGCUCACCCGCACCCUCACCAGCACCCCCACCACCCCACCAGCAUCCCCGGGCCCGACGCCGGAGGGGUGCCUCGCUUCGCAGACAUGCUGCCCCACGGGGGCGCGGGGGGGCCCGGAGGCGGAGCGGACACCCCCAGCCCGGAGCCUCAACCCGGAGGGGGGCCGCCCCCACCGCCGCACCUGCACGCCAUGGGGGUCCCACAGGGGGACGUGUACGUGAGCGCGGGGCCCAGCCCCCCAUUCCACAUUCCCGGGGCGGGACCUGGGCCCUAUAACGGUCACCCGCUGGCGCACCCGGAGAUGGGCGAGGGCACGGUCUGGUGAAACGAAAGGCGAAACAUCAACAACAACAACAGCAAGAAAACUGUAGCACAGUGAUGAUGAUGGUGAUGAUGGUGGUGAUGGUGAUGAUGACCGACACGUGACUCACCCGACACGCCCUCCAUCUCUUCUUCUUAUGAACUUUGACUCGUCAACCUCGUUGUCCGCUCACGCAACCGAACCAAAACGCAAGAUGAUGGAGG